CUUGCGUUAGUCAAUCUUGGACGUUCGGUUCGGCAGGUUCUCGCAGGGAACGCGCACAGUUUCGAGCUUGGAUUUUCGCGACGACGACGACGAGGAGGAGGACGAUUCGCGCGCGCGGCAGGUCCUCACCUGGACAUUUUGGUUCUUGGCGCUCCUUGCUGUAAUUUAUUGCGAAUUUCGGGGAGUGUGUGCGGGACGGGAACGGAGUAGGACGGACACGAGACCGAGGAUGGUUGUGGGAAUGUGUUUGUAAAUCAUGGUGCACGGCUGAGGAGCCUUUUCAGCAACAGGAGAAAGUUGGAGUCCGGAACAUCCGGACGAGCCCGAGAGGUGGGGGAGGGGUUGCUGGUGCCCCAGUGAAUGAUAGUCCGGGCAAGGCCGGGUCGAUACUCUAGAGAACCACGGAGUGCGGAGUGUAUCGUCGUUGGUUGUUAUUAUUUUUUAAUUUGCAUAAAUUAAAAGAACCGAGAAAAUGAUAAAAGUGUAACGGUUUAUGGCCACUGCUCACGCCAGUCAGGACGACCGCCAAAACGGAGGGUACUCCCGGAAGACGACGACGAGGUGAACGCGGAUUUUUGGUGUGUGUGUGUCCUUGUGUAGUAAUCGAUACUGGGGGCUCAACCAUCUGGUGGUGAAGUUUAUGGAAUAAAUUUUGAGUGACACGACAAUCGCGGAUUAUUCCGGAACCAGUGGGGGAUCCCCGGAGGAACCCAUCAUUGCCAGACUGCGAGUCGCGUCGACGUUCUCGAGAGGGUCUCUAAUUUAUGUCAAUAUACAUUACAACCACAGACGGCAAGCUACCGUUCUAAAUCCGGCGUCUGCGGACUCGAGAGGGCCACCCACUUGACUCCCGAUGUCCGACCGGAACCUCAAGUGUGUGUAUUAAUGCGCUGUUGACCCCCCUCGCAGUGUCCAGUGUGGCUUCUCGUGUAAUAUCAAUUAUAGUGUCAUCGUAUUAAUUAUAUCGGCGGUGACCGCAGAGUGCUCCCGACCGCCACUUAAGCCGCUCCAAAGUGUUCGUGUGUGUGUAUACGUGUGUGCCACUGUAUGUGUACCAUAGCAGAUUUGGCACAUGAAUAAAUCAUACUACAUUAGUACCGUGGAGAGAGAACCAGAAAUUUAUGAGUGCUUUGGCCAAAACCCUUUGCGUCCGAUAAUCAGAUCAGCGCUCCUGGAUUCUGUUUGUGUGUGUGUCCGUGACGCCUAAUCACAAUUAGAUUACGAAGCUCUGCGGCUAACCGCACAAAAUCAGUGACCACAAAACGCGAUUAGAAGAGCGGCCCUGCUGAAGUGGCCGGAACGGAAUUGUCGGAAGGUUGCAAAAUUGCGGACGGCGGGAUUCAAGGCGGGAUUUUUACCCCUCUCAAGGUGAAGGCGGGAAUCAAUCAGCGAGGAUUGCGGAAAAAUUGCUCGAUGAGUCGUGAAGGAAUGCUCCAGUGAUAAGAUUAUCUACUUAUGAUCCGUAGAUGUGGGUGUGUUGUUUUUCUUUUUCUGUGUGAUGUUUUCUCUGCCUGAGUGAGGCAGAGUGAGGUGAAAUUGGAAAAGGUGUUCAAGUGAUUGAGUACCUUUGGCUGUGCGGUAGCAGAAUCGGUAGUGUUGUGAAGAUUGAAGAUUCGAGAUUGUGUCAUUCGGACGGUCGUGAAGACGGUCGCUCCCGGUUGAUGGCCGGUUGUCGAUUGAUAAGCAAGGCAGAAGGCUGAUGUGUUAUUGAUUUGUAAUUUUUUUUUCUUGUCGAUUGUUACCGGAGCAGCAGCAAACCCACCGAUAGAGCACGAUCGAGCAAAAGAAGGCCACGUGUUUUGCCCACCUUCCCACCCCAAAUCGGAUCGAACUGGCAAUGAAGACGCCGGUGACGAUGUUGGAGAACUGUAACGGACGCAGCAGUAGCAACGGCAGUCAAAGUCACCCCAAGUCAUUGUAAUACGCACGCACGCACACAUAUCGAGCGAAAAUUUCGUCAAAAAAUAAGCAAGUCAACAAAAAAGGCUUAAAAGCAAUCAUCUGCAGUUAGCUUAAAUAGUGAAAAGAAAUAAGUCAAAAAUGGCCGUAACACGAUCGUCGGAAGAGCUCACCAGGGCCGUCACUUGGUCGGUCAAGUUCGCGCUGGUGAUGGGCAUCUUCCUUGGGACGUUCCUGCACGCCGACGCGAUAGAAUUGGAAAAAUGCAAAAAUCCAUUAGGCAUGGAGUCCGGUGCGAUCAACGAUUCGCAGAUAACGGCCAGCUCGGCGCACGACAUCGGCAACGUCGGACCUCAGCACGCCCGAUUGAAAAUCGACAACAAUGGGGGCGCCUGGUGUCCGAAGCACAUGGUUUCGCGCAACCUGAACGAGUACCUGCAGCUGGACCUGCAGAAGAUGCACGUAGUGACGGCGAUCAAAACGCAGGGCCGGUUCGGCAAGGGCCAGGGCCGGGAGUACACCGAGGCGUACGUGAUCGAGUACUGGCGGCCUGGGUUUUCCAAGUGGAAGCGCUGGAAAAAUACCAGGGAUAAUGAGAUUCUCUCUGGGAACACCAACACCUACAGUGAAGUGGAAAACGUUUUGCAGCCAAUUAUCUUUGCGUCGAAAAUCCGCAUCUACCCGUACAGCCAGUACGACCGGACGGUUUGCCUGCGGGCGGAAAUCAUCGGCUGCGAGUGGGAUGAAGGAUUACUCUCGUACAGCAUCCCCAAGGGCGUGAUUCGUGGCAUGGAGGUUGACCUGUCGGACCGCACGUACGACGGCGAGGAGGAGGGCGACCGGCUGGUCGGCGGGCUUGGCCAGCUGGUCGACGGCCAGAAGGGAGCCGAUAAUUUUCGCAUCGAUAUCCACGGCUUCGGCAAGGGUUACGAUUGGGUCGGCUGGCGCAAUGAUUCACUCGGCUGGGCCGGAAAGCCGGUCGAGAUGGUGUUCGAGUUCGACACGGUGCGGAACUUUAGCGCCAUGGUCCUGCACACCAACAACAUGUUCAGCAAGGACGUUCAGGUGUUUCUCCACGCGAAGGUCUUCUUCAGCAUCGGCGGGCAGCACUUUAGCGGGGAGCCGGUCCACUUCUCGUACAUGCCGGAUACGAUAAUGGAGAACGCUCGUGAUGUCACGAUCAAGUUGCAUCACCGCAUCGGCCGGUACAUCCAGAUUCACCUCUACUUUGCGAUGCGCUGGAUCAUGCUCAGCGAAAUAUCCUUCACUUCCACUCCGGUGAUGGGCAACUUCUCGGACGAGGAAGUGAACGGAAAUUCAAUCUCGCAGGAAAAUUCUAUCGAAUAUCCGCUGCAACGAGAUGAAGUUCAGACGGCCAACAAGGGCGAGCGGAACCACGUGACACAGAUAAUUUCGCCGAAGCCGAUCGAUCAGGAACCGGAGCCGCACUUUGUCGGUGUCAUCAUCGCCGUGCUGACCACCAUCAUCCUGCUGCUGAUCGCCAUCAUCAUGUUCAUCGUGGCGCGGAACAAGCGAACGCGGACGGCGGCGGUGCUGGACGCGUUGCAGCACAAUCUGCAUACCGACAGUCUGGGCAUCGACAAGCGGCUCAACAGUAACUUUAAGGUCUCGAUAGAUGAUAAUGAGUCGAUUGAUAAGAGCAGCCUGUACCAUGAGCCGUUCAACGUCAACAUGUACACUAGCGCCGCCAGCGGGUGCUCCAUGAACGACAUGCAGCGGCAUCACAUUACGCCCGACUAUACAGAUGUGCCGGAUAUCGUGUGCCAGGAGUACGCCGUGCCCCACAUGCAGGACCUGAUACCGAAGAUCCCCGGCGGGUACGUGAGCGUCCGGUUGACACCGCCCUCGCUCAACAAUAUCUUCCCAAAACCCCCACCGGUGCCCCCACCACCGGAAAAGUACUACGCCGCCACUGCCAUCUGCAAGCCCUCGUCGACGGCCCCCACGACACCCUCCAACACCAACAGCCACCUGCAGCAGCAGCAGCAGAACCAGCAAACCCUGAACCACUCCCAGCACUCCCAGCAGACCCUGAACGCCUACAGCGAUCUGGAUCACGGCGUCUCGGACGAUGAUUUACAGCUGAGCGAGUACCCGCGGGAUAAGCUGGUGAUAGUGGAGAAGCUCGGCUGCGGCGUGUUUGGCGAGUUGCAUCUCUGCGAGACCAAGGGAUACAGUUCCAGCCUGGUGGCCGUGUCGACGCUGCGUCCGGGCGCCUCCGAGCACGUCAAGAAGGAGUUCCGGGCGAAGGCCAAACAGCUGGCCCGGCUCAGCGAUCAGAACGUCAUGAAGCUGAUCGGCGCCUGCCUGAAGGACGAGCCGAUUUGUAUCGUUUUAGACUACAAAUUCAGCACCGACCUGAACCAAUUCCUGCAGGAGCACACGGCCGAAACCGGCUCGCUGGUGCAGCAUAACUCGUUAAGCUACGGAUGUUUAAUUUACAUCGCAACACAAAUAGCCUCCGGUAUGAAGUAUCUAGAGCAAAUGAAUGUAGUGCAUCGUGAUUUAGCAGCUAGGAGCUGUUUGGUAGGACCACAGCUGGAGAUAAAAAUUUGUACACUAGGAACUGUGAUAAACCGCAUUGCAUAUCCCGCUGACUACUGCCACCUGGAGGGCGCCGGAAGACAAUCGCAACCGAUGCCGAUCCGGUGGAUGGCCUGGGAGAGCGUACUGAUGGGCAAAUUUACAUCAAAGUCUGACGUGUGGGCGUUCGCCGUGACGCUGUGGGAAAUCCUGACGUUCGCCCGGGAGCAGCCCUUCGAGAAUCUGAGCGACGAAAAGGUGAUCGAGAACAUCGGACACAUGUACCAGGACAACAAGAAACACAUGGUGCUGCCGAUUCCGGUCGGGUGUCCGCGCGAGAUCUUCGACCUGAUGUGCGAGUGCUGGCAGCGCAACGAAAACAGCCGGCCCAACUUCCGCGAGAUUCACCUGUUCCUGCAGCGGAAAAACCUCGGGUACAGACCGUCUGCUUCUUCUUUUUAGAAAAAAAAAACAAAUGCAUUCACCUGACAUCACGGAUGGUGUUUUUUUCUGUUUCUAUAUCAUCAUUAUUGUGUCACAUGUCACAUGUAGAGUGUGUUUUAAACGCAUUUUUGUAGAAAACAAAUAUGAGCAAAAUAUCUUUUCGGUUCAUUUUCCUCGGUUCUGCUUGGCAUAACUCUUGGUUUCUAGCGCAAAAGUCAUAAUUUAUUCAGUUUACUUUCGUGAUUCGAUGUGUAUUUAAGUGUGUACAAAUUGCAAACAAACGAAUUUUUGUUUUCAGUUGAAACAUUUGCCAUCUUUUGCCUUCAGUUUAAAUUGUCGUCAAAAAACGAAAAAAAACAAUCGUUACUAACAUUGCCUCACCCACUUUUCUCCGACCCCUUUUUUAUAGUGAAUACUUUCAUCACAUUUAAGUGAGCGGUGAGCAAAUGUGAACGAACGAACGAAUUUAGAAACUCACAAUAAUCGAUCACUCACGAGAGGAAGAAUCAAUCGCGCAGCAAGUGACAGACAAAGCAGGCGACAGGCGAGAGCUCUUCUUCCCUGAUAAACAAAAGAGAAAAAAAAACAAACACACACACGCGGAACAAUCAAGCAGUCGAGUCUUUGAAAGAAAUGACAACUCACACACACACAAACAUGACUCACUCUAUAUCGAAUUAGUUAAGGUGAAACCGGAAAAGCAGUGAAAAGGGAAAGGAUGCGAACUUCAAAGUAAGCAAAUUACAUUAAACUAGGUAUGCAAAAACAACGUUAUUGUGAUCCAAUGGUAGGUGUAUAAAGGCAACAAAGCAAACAGAGAAAAAAAAACCCGUAAAAUUAUGCAACCCAGUGUUACACACACAAGCAAAAAACAAUGAACUAAUUAGUAGGUGAAUCCCACACACACACACGCCCUUACUUGUGCGGAAGUAAAGAGCAGCGAUCAAUGGCGACCGGUUUUAUAAGUCAUUAAUUAAUUGAAAAACUGGCAACUAGUGAUAAUCAUUUAAUUAUUCAACAUGAAAAAGUGUGUGUGUGCGUGCGUGUGUAUGUGUGCGCACGUGUAAAAAAGCACCGGAAAUCCAAGUGGGCGUUGGUCGGGGGACCCAUCACGGCCAGGACUUUUUCGCCCGCCGGCCUACUGCGCGUUCACAAACACACAAAGUAUCGGAAAAUGGCGACGAGGGGAUUUACGAUUUUUACCUUAUUUUGUGCGCAACAGAGAGGAUCGUUUGCGGUGUGUGUGCGUGCGUGCAUGUAUGUGUGUACAUAUUAAAUUAAACGAAUGAUUGCCAUUUGUUAUGAAUUAAUAAUAAUAUUAUAUCGCAGGAGCGAAAAAUGCAUUAAAAAGUAUUAUAUUAAAUUUCGUAUCGAUAAACGUUAAACAUUAUUGAAGAGAGACGAAAAACCGCCGUCAAUCAUCGGGUGGGGACACACGUGGUGGUGCGCGGUGUCCACGUGGAACCCCCGAGGGGGAAGGACACACGCCAAAAAAAAGUAUCCAAUAUUCAUGUUUGCAUUUUUUUUUUAAAUCAUUAACAUGAGCGCACUUUCCGGAUUACGGCUCGUAAGUAGGCAACAAAUAUGAUUACCCCUUCUCUUUCUCUCUCUUUGUCUCUUUUUUCUCCUCUCUCAAUUCAUAGAUUAAAGGUCGAGUGCCGUACUUUAAUUGCAUAUUUUCAACACUGAUUUCAUUAUUUAUAUUUAUCAUUUCGUCACCCCGAAAACACGUUCUCCACAAACAUACAGAAAACAAUCACACGCACACACGCACACGCACUUCCCGAGCAAACAUAACCUCAGCGCCUACUGCGCCAGCUGUCAAAAAAAAGUAAAUGUUGUCGGUUGAGGUUAUGUCGGCUCGCGAAACGCUGCAGAGGAAAGAAUGAAAGAAUCCCACGCUUUCACCUUAACAAUUGAAUGAUUAUCAUGAAGUGAAACUGCAAUUCGAUUAAUCACUAGGUAGAAAUAUUUCUUUAACUAAAACCGUCACUUCCCCCCGUGUAUCCGUUCAUCAAAAUUAGAUGGUAGUAGUGACGUUUGGUCAACGAUUUUAGAAAACUUUUUUUUUGGUUAUGAGAAAAAAGAACGCGGUCGAUUCGUAUUGAUAUAGGUUUCAGCAGAGAAUUUAAAUGACAAAACAAUACCAGUAAAACAUGAAAAUAAACAAAAAACAGAAAAUUAAAAAUCACUAAGCAAAACAACGGUAUUAUGUAUCAUACGACGUAUUUAUACUCUAAUCGAUAAGUAGAUUGUAUAAAAUAGUAUUUCCUCCUCCCCCCUUGUACAGACAACCCCGAAGUUAGUAACGCUAAGUAGUAGAUUAACAGGUACUGAACAGAACAGAAAAUAUCAUUUUACAGUAAAAAUAAAAUAUUGCUAAGUGAAAAAUAAUUCGACCGAAGCAAACAACAAAGAUGGAUCAAUAAAAUACCAGAAUGGAUAUGCAUUUAUCAUUCGUGAGAAUGAAUAUUAAAAAAAA